AUGCCUCCUCGAGCCUCGUCCAACCCCAAAUCCUUUGAACAUGUCCUGCUCGACAAGAUUUCCCUGGAUGAUCAAAAAUGGGAAUUCCAGGUCCCACGGCUGCCCACUGCCGAAGCAACAAAUGGGUUGAAGCUCAUCAAAAUGGUCAGCCUCUCGACCAAGAACUCUCAACAUCGGCUCCAACUUCGCUAUGGACCUGUGGAUAUGAAUCGUGCCAUUCAAGAUGUGCCCCUUGACCGGUAUCUCGUCAUCUCUCUGGCCGAGUUUCGCUCCCUCAAAGGCGCCAGUCCUUCAUCUUCAGCAGAGGGAGCUACAGAUAAAGUGGUACAGCCAACAACUUUUCGAGAAUGUUCAGACUAUGCAGUCAGGCUCCUUCGCACAGGAAUCACAAUACAAGGUGUGCAUUACAACUUCUACGGCCACAGCAACAGUCAGCUCAAGUCUCGCACCUGUUAUCUCUGCGCAGCCUCCAAAGAGCAAAUCACCCAGAAAGUGGAGGCAUUGGGUGACUUUACCAAGAUGAAGACUGUGGCCAAAAAAGCAAAACGAAUUGGCCUCCUGUUUUCAGUGGCUCGCGCAGCAAUGCAAGUUGAUCCGAAGAAAGUCGAAGACAUCCCGGAUAUCGAGGUGGGAGACUUUAUAUUCACAGACGGCUGCGGGCUGAUAGCGCCAGGCCUUGCCAGCCAGCUAUCGCGACGCAUCAAGAUCUCGUUUCGCAACAUGAGAUACACGCCUUCUGUAUUUCAAAUACGAUAUCGUGGAUACAAGGGCGUGGUGACGCUGGAUCCCACCAUGCCAAAGGGGGGGCCGUGGCUCAAGAUGAGAAAGUCGAUGAAGAAAUUCAGCGGCGGCGACGACUUAUCUUUUUCGGUCGUAGAAUACUCAAAGCCGUAUGUAUUUGGACAUCUCAACGACGAGGUGGUUGUUCUUCUCGACGCGCUGGGCAUCAGUCGACAGACUCUCCUUCGCAAACAGGAAGAGCACUUCAAAUUCCUCGCCGAGGCACAUCAAGACCCACGAGUUGCGUUUAGAAUUCUCUGCCAUUUGAAUAUGCCACAGGUUGCCGAACGGGUCAUUAUCGAUUCGUUGGACGCCGUACGGCCAACAAUCAACAAGCUCAUCAACGCUGAAUACGACAAGAUGCUGAACAAGCGGGACGAACAAAAGUGCCGUAUCCUAAUCCCUAAAUCGAGACUCUUGUUUGGAGUUUGCGAUGCUUGGGGCGUCUUGAAACCUGGCCAAUGCGCCGUCAAAGUGACUAUGGAUGGAGACGGACAGCCUUACGCAUUGAAAGGUACGAAAGUGCUGGUGACGAGGAAUCCUUGCUUGCAUCCAGGAGAUCUUCAGAAGCUCGAUGUUGUGGAAAGGCCUGAACUUGCACACCUGGUCGACUGUAUUGUCUUCCCUACAACAGGACGGCGACCAGCGGCGGAUAUGAUGUCAGGGGGCGAUCUGGAUGGCGAUACCUUUUUUGUGACGUGGGAUCCAGACAUCAUCCCAUCGACGGUAUCCCAAGCGGCGCACUAUCCAGGAGUCCGGGAACCCUUGAGGUUCUCGCCAAUUACAGAUGAUGAUCGCCUGCUCUACUUUGCCAAGUAUACAAAUGCCUCGCUAGGUCGCGUCAAGAAUCUCUAUCUGAAGUGGGCGAGGGCCACUAAUGCCAUGAGCCCCGAGUGUCAGGAACUCAAUCGUCUCUUCUCACAAUGCGUUGAUGGUAAUCGCAUCAAGGACGAUCAGCUCAGGAAGUUUGAGAAGCCGCCGGAACCAGGUGCGGAUGCGCCCCCGUUUGUUCUCGAUGAGCUUCACGAAGCAGCCAAGAAAAUCAUCAUGGAGCAAAAACACAUGGCUCAGAAUCAUAUGAACAACAUGGAGGGGUAUACUUUUGACGGUGUUCAGCUAUUGCUGUGUAGAGACGAUAUUGCCAUUUCCGAGGCCGAGUUGAUCAGGAUGACUGUGAGAUGGUGUAGGAGAACAAACACCUCCUUCUACGAUUUGAUGCACAUGUUUGACCUGAAUUCUCUGACUUCAGAAGAGAAGGCAUGGAUUUUGGCUCAAGUGCCUGCGUACAGUGAUGCCCCAAGCCUGGUUCUCAACGCUCUCUCGUCAUCAAGCUUGGUCACUGAGGCAGAAUUGAAGCAUUUCCAUCUCGACUAUCCCGGUCUUCACUGGAAGCGUGUCUAUACAUCCGAGGAAGAUCGACUAGCCACCUUUUUGGAAGCAGCAAGCAGAAAUCUCGAGCUGUUUCACAAAAAACUAAUCGUCUUCCGCCCAGAUGAGCGACUGACGUUGGCAAUGUACGUGCCGCAAAAGAUUACGCCGGCCGACGACUUUGUGGUGGGCAACAAGGUGAGGUUGUUUGCCUUUCCGCACUCUCAAGGAAGAGAGACGCAAAGCCGACUUUCCCUGCCGACCAAGAAGGAAUAUCGGCUCUUUUGCGAUGAGAAUCGAUUGCAGUUGUUUGAUCGCACCGUGGGGAAUACGUGGGUGUUUAUUGGCCGUGGGGGGUCAAACGAUAGUAGCUACCGGAAUGCGGCCAACGAACAGGAUCGUCGAAGGGCAAGGCAGCAGACUCUUGCGAAUGGGACCAAUGUUAAUUACAGAGCGAGCGUUGCGCUGGACAAGUUUAGUAGGAAUCUACAGACGCAUAUUGGGAGGCUACAGAGGCAGGGCAUCUUGGCUGCGGAGAUAUACAUCAUCAGCAACAGAGACGUCAGUUCGAUGCGCAAUCUGGACCUAUGGGAGGACUACAUUGGCACCGAGCAAGUCUUGCCCCUAUUCCCCCGCGAACCCAAAGAAUACGACGUCCCAAAGCUUCAGGACGUCGACUGGUCCUUGGGCGCGCAACCUCCUCUGGUAGUCGAAGUCGUCAAAAGGGGAAAUCUAUCCGCUCUACAAGACGUGCUAGAUCCGGCGACUUUGCAGCAGCUCUUCGCCUGGCUGGUGGAACAUGAGCAGCGAGGGUUGCUUACGCGCUGCUUCGAACACUUGAUUACGAACAUCAGGAAUGAUAAAGUGAUGGCUCCGGCAGAAACUCUGCGCACCAUGGCCGAUUUCUUACAGAUGAUGCCUUAUGUCUCGGCUACAUUUGCCAAUCUGGGUUCGUGGAGAGAACUGCCUGAAGAACUGGUCGUUGUUCUGCAGAAUAGCAGCCACAUACUGCUUCGCAGCAUUAUCCUAUCUGAAGCUGAAUUUGGAGACCUUGCGUUAACUCCCUUCCAUACCAUCUUGGAUAACGUGGAUUGGCUCACGUUGGUCUCCUUUGCCGACCUCGUCGAGCUGAUUGCGCUUACCGUUAACUCGUCGAGCACGGCGCUGGAUCUUCUCCUCGAAGGCCUUGAUAGACACAGUUCCAGGCUGCUGACUGGUAGGCCGGCCAUUGUUCAGAAUUUCGUUCACAACAUAAUCGGCAUCGCGGUAGAGCAUAUUGGGUCGGUGCAGGAAGAAGCCAAAAGGAGAGACGAGCUUCUGAAUAUCCGAAUCGCCAACGACGAGAAAGAAACAAACUCUAGCAAAGAGCAACCAGGGACUUUAGUCGAAGUCACUUUCAGAAUGGAUGCCAUUGGCGGCACGCCGAUAUCCAAUACUCACGUACGACUCAUAGCAGCCAGUCCGCCAUCGAGCUCGAUCUUGGACAGGGUGUAUUCCAUGGAUGGCCUAGUUGUCGAGAGCAGGUCGGGGUUCGCCAAGAUACGCUGCUUUCAUCCACCGCCGUCUUACGCCGAGAAAUGCUCCUGGAUACUGGAAGAGUGCGGCUUGUUUGUGACCGCAAAGACGAUGCUAGAUGCCGUGCGCGAUCUCGCAACUUACGAAUACGCUUGCUGUGGAGUGCUUGAUCAAAUCAUUGGAAUUCAGCCCCAAGCUGUUGCCAGCGAAGAAAUUAUUACUGAAAACGCAAGCAAUGAAGUGGCAUCAUCUUCGACUCCAUCUGCAGCGGAGGCUUCGUUGAACCCAAGUCAAAAAGCCGCAGUGGAAGCAUCACAGAAGAACAAACUAGUCUGUCUUUGGGGGCCCCCAGGCACCGGAAAGACGCAAACCAUCGUGGCAAUCAUCAGAAGACUGCAACUAGACCCUACUAUCGGCAAGAUACUGGUCACUGCUCCAACGCACAAUGCCGUGGACAAUGUCAUGAGGAGAUAUCUCGGGCGAAUCAGCCAGGAAGGCCUCCUGCAGAGCUCAAAGAUGGCUCCCUUGCGCGUGGCAACAGAAGUCCGCAAAGUUGGCGAAGACUUACGAAAGUAUACAUGCGAUGCGCUGGCCGGCCAGGAAGUACACUCGAGCCAUGAUGCCAUGCGUCAGGCGAAGAAGCGUGUCAAAGCCGCCGGAAUCAUCUUCACGACGUGCAUCGGAGCAGGCUUAGGCUUGCUGAGGGACCAGGUGUUCGACACGGUGAUUGUCGAUGAAGCAUCCCAGCAGACGGAGCCCGCAUCGCUGGUGCCGCUGGCAAAGGGGUGCGAAAAGGCGAUUCUCGUGGGUGAUCAUGUUCAACUGAGGCCGACUGUACAGAAUAUCGCACUUGCGCUGGACUUUGACGUCUCGCUGUUUGAGAGAUUGUACACUCGAGGUAGGACAACGCCAAACAUGGUCAAGGUGAUGCUGGACACGCAGUAUCGCAUGCAUCCCUCCAUAUGCAGCUUCAUCUCGAAGGAAUUCUAUGAGGCAAAGCUAUUAUCUGGGCUCAAGGAUCAAGAUAGGCCGAUGCCGUCUUCGUCUUUCCCCUGGCCAACCUCUCCAGCUACCAAGAAUUCAACUCAUCUCUCUCGGAUAAUCUUUGUCGAGUGUUCUGGAAGAGAGGACUUGGGCCACAAGUCCAAAUCUAAUAAAGAGCAGGCAGACUUGUGCCUCUCCAUCUGCAAACUCCUACGCACAGCUAAAGCUACAUCAUCGACUGAAACACACGCCAACGACGCGCAGGCCACUACUACUACAUCCAUCGCCGUGUUGACUCCUUAUUCACGGCAAUCCGAGAUUCUCCAAAGAUGCCUUUCCGGGAUUCCAAACGUCGAAAUCUCUAGUAUUGACGGCUUUCAGGGGCGCGAAGCCGACAUUGUGAUUUUCGUCACCGUUCGCUGCAACGAGAGCCGAGAGAUUGGGUUCCUCAAGGACCUGCGCCGGAUGAACGUAGCUCUCACCAGGGCCAAGUUUGGCAUGAUUGUUGUGGGAAACAAGGCGACUCUGACGGGCGGGAGGGAGGAGGAGGAAAGUACGGGGAUGUGGAGGAGGUUUAUGGACCAGCUUUCUGGCGUUGAGCUCUGA